CAAAUAAUUUGCGGCAGCUAUAUAUAUAAGUUCAGUUAACAACAAGACGUAUGGAGUCAAGUCUGGAUCAGUUUACGUUUAACAGCAGACCGGCAGCUGCAAACUUCCAGCCCGGCUGUAAAGACCAGGGAAGACCGGACAAGGAACAGUUCAAGUACACAGUGAUCAUAUGCAACAACACAUGCUCUGUUUGCCAGUACUGUCAUAUCAAGAUAAAGCAGCAAGACCUGAUGCUGAUGACGAAGUCUCAGAGGACGACAAACGAUGCAUCGAACACUCCAUGCUUUUAUGGCUUCCAUUGUGACUGCUUUUUUUUGUCAUCAAACGUUCUUAAAAGCUCUACAGAACUGUAUGGGUUUAACAGUCUUUCUAAAUACCAUCGACAUUACAUCGCUAGAAAAAUAUCAAAGUCGCAGUCAAAGGCUCAAGUCGGCGGAUCACGGGAAAUUCCGGGUGAUUUGAAAGUGGGAUACUCAAUAUUAGAUCGGAGGUUCAACCACUACUGUGAACAAUGUAACAUGGCUAUGCUUGCAAGUGACAUUAAAAUCGCGGGCAUUCUGAAGAAGCACAGUGAUUUGGUAGUUUAUCAUCCGAGAUGCUUCUCUCAAGCUUUUGAAAGACACCCUGUAAAAUUGCAGGGGCUGGAGAAGCUAUUACCGUACGAUAUAUCCGGACUAAAGUCAAUACUGAACAUUAUCACUACCUCAAGUACCCCACAUAACAAAUAUCAAAGCAAGUCUACCCCAAUUGAAAAUGUGAUGAAGUUUAGAUCCUCAAAAGACGCUUUCUUCUGGCCACGUGCCAACUCUUCUUCAGGACCUGCCAAUAUGGAAGAACAGAACACAGCCAGCUCCUCCUUCUCUUCCUCGUCUGGUGACAAGAUAUGGGACUCCCUUCAUCCAUCACGUCAACAACCUCCCAAUAAUCCCAGCUACAAAUCACGGAGUAAACCAUCCUCGUUCGAUGAUUUGAUACGAAAUCAUUCGAAUAGAAACCCAGAUAGUGUCCAUCGUGCUAUUUCCAAUCCGCCAAGGACUGCUGAUCUUUCCAGAAAAAGAAAGACUUCAUUCAAACCAAACACGGACCACUCAAAUUCACGAUGGUCGAAUCACGGUAGUGAUCCUAAGAAGACUGUCAACCCGCCUAAAAGAGAGCAAUCUCACGAAUCUUGUAGAACUUCUGAUUCUCAUUCAGGGUUCAGUAAGGAGUCUGACCCGGAAACGUCGGAACCUUCCGGUAAGGUGGAGCUAAAGAAGAGUACUAUCCGGAGUGAAAUAACCAAGAUAUUGUACAAAUAUAACCACGACUACAUCACAUCCAAGAUAGUUCGGACCAUGUUGAUGCAGAAGUUUGGGUGCGACUUGACACCCCACAAGAAAUUCAUAGAUGACACGAUUAUGGAAUUGCUGGAUAUUAUCGAUAAUAAUCCGAUCAACUUGAAAAGUAUUCCAGGACGGGUCUUUGUAGACGAAGGAGAAAUAGAAGAUAUCGCAACAAGUCCAGUAUCUCCUGCCACCACAUCGACCGAUCCCAUCAUGUCGCCCAUGAGUGCUAACAUAGACGACAUUUCACCUGUCGCUAUAAUGAGCAACCAGGCAGACGAGAUAGCUCUGAGCAACGUGGAUGAUUCUGUCAAUGUUAAUAGUUCUAAAGGCGCAUGGGGCGACAAGUCUAACAGUCCCAAGAACAAAGGUAAAGAUAAGAUAGAUAAGAAAAGGGAGCAAGUAUUGGUAGGGUUGGAUAGAGAGGAGGAAUAUGCGUUAUCAGUAAACGACAAACCUGUAAACUUGUGCGAAUGUUGUUUGUGUUGCUUCCGGAUACAAACAUUGGAGGAGAUUGUUUCUUUGUACAACCACGUAAAGACCAAACACGAAGGUGAGUGCACGUGCGUUGUGUGCGACAUAAAGUUUAAAGACGUGUACAAGCUCAUGUUACACGUGGCAGAGUUUCACCGGGCUAACAAAUGUUUUAAGUGUAAAAACUGCCGCCGGAGCUUCAACCAUCACUCUGACCUGUCCAGGCAUUUGGACUUCUGUUAUCUGAGUAGUGACAGUGAUGAUUUAGAGGAUUUGGAGGAGAGUCCGGUUAAUUCACCUCGGAAGAAGAAGACGAAGUUCGAAAAGGGCCCCCCAGGCAUGCCUGAACUGGUGAACACAUUGAAGAGCACUCAAAAUACCUUGGAUAAAAUAAAAACAUUCAUCACAUCUGAGUCGAGCCCUUAUGAAGACUUGUGAUAUUGUUAGGUAGUGUUGGGUAGUACAACAAUAUUAUAGAGUAUAGAUUUUAUCAUCGCUAGUUGGGCAAUUCCAUCGUAGUGGCAAUUAACAUGGCUCAACUCAUGUUCAUAUAUUGUUCAGACAUUUUCACGUUUGUUAUAUUUGUUGUUUCCCUUUGUUAAAGAAUUCAUUCGGGCAAUUGGUAUAAUUUUGAUGUUAUAGUGGGGGGGGGGCUUUAGGAGUCAAUUAGUGCUGAGAAUAACCGGCAUGUCACAUUAUUACAAGUAUACCUGUAAUAGUAUUACAAUUAUGACGUGUAGUCUUGAACUUUUUUGCGGUUCACAAAAUAUGUUGUAUUUUUGCGAAUCUGUUAUUUUUAUUAAGUGCUUUUGGCUUCAUUACUAUUUUAAAUUAUAUACCUAAAAUUUUUAUAGAUUAUCUGGUUAACUUAUUACAAGAGCAUGUAACGAUUUCAUAUCAUUGCAAUUUCCGCAUUGUGAAAUAUAUGGAAUUACAUUUACCACUCUUUUCAUCAAUCUAG